UUCUAAAUGAGCUUUACUUUCUUCCUUCUCUUCCUCCUCUUCUUCUUUCACCCUGUCGUUUCUCUUUCCUCCGACGGCCUUGCACUUCUAACUUUAAAAUCCGCCGUCGAUGGCGGCGGCGCCUCCGUGCUCUCCGACUGGAACGACGGAGACCCCACCCCGUGCCGGUGGUCCGGCAUUAGCUGCGCCAACAUCUCCGGCCUUCCGGAGCCCCGCGUCGUCGGAAUCGCCCUUUCCGGCAAGGGUCUCCGAGGCUACCUCCCGUCGGAGCUCGGCACUCUUCUCUACCUCCGCCGUCUCAACCUCCACACCAACGCCUUCCGCGGCUCCAUCCCCUCCCAGCUCUUCAACGCCACCGCACUUCACAGUAUCUUCCUCCACAGCAACAACCUCUCCGGCAACCUCCCUCCCUCCGUCUGCAACCUCCCCCGCCUCCAAAACCUCGACCUCUCCGACAACUCUCUCACCGGCGCCAUCCCUGAGUCAAUCAGAAACUGCUCGCAACUCCAGCGCCUGAUCCUCGCCCGGAACAAAUUCUCCGGCGAGAUUCCGGCGGCUCCGUGGCCGGACCUGCAGAGCCUAGUCCAGCUCGACCUGUCCGCUAACCUUCUAGAAGGUUCGAUCCCGGACCAAAUCGGCGAUCUGAGGUCCCUCGCCGGAAGCCUAAACCUCUCGUUCAAUCACCUAACCGGUAAGCUUCCCAAGUCUCUGGGGAAGUUACCAGUGACGGUUAGCUUCGAUCUCCGAAACAACGAUCUCAGCGGCGAGAUUCCUCAAACGGGGUCGUUUUCAAACCAGGGACCCACCGCGUUCCUCAACAACCCAAACCUAUGCGGGUUCCCUCUGCAAAAACAGUGCACCGGUUCAGCGCCGAGUGAACCGGGUGCGAGUCCCGGUUCGGUCCGUGGACACACGAACCGGUCCAAUAAAGGGCUUAGUCCCGGUUUGAUCGUUCUGAUAUCAGUGGCUGAUGCUGCUGGGGUGGCUUUGAUUGGUCUUGUGAUUGUGUAUGUUUAUUGGAAGAAUAAAGACAAAUCCAAUGGGUGUAGUUGCACUGGGAAAACCAAGCUUGGCGAUCUGAACAAUGAGAAAUCAAGGUUAUUUUGUUGUUGUUAUCGUUGUGGUUCUUCUUCUUUGGGAUGCAUGAAUGGGUUCAAGAGUGAUGAUUCUGAGGUGGAGGAAGGUGAGAAAGUAGAGGGUGGUGGGAGAGGAGGGGAAGGGGAUUUGGUGGCCAUUGAUAAAGGUUUCAACUUUGAGCUUGAUGAGCUAUUGAGGGCCUCUGCAUAUGUGUUGGGGAAGAGUGGGUUAGGGAUUGUGUAUAAGGUUGUGCUUGGGAAUGGGGUACCUGUGGCUGUGAGGAGAUUAGGUGAGGGUGGGGAUCAACAGAGAUACAAGGAGUUUGUUGCUGAAGUUCAAGCCAUUGGUAAAGUCAAGCACCCUAAUAUUGUGAGGUUGAGAGCUUAUUAUUGGGCUCCUGAUGAGAAGCUUUUGAUCAGUGAUUUCAUCUCCAAUGGCAAUUUGACCACUGCCCUUAGAGGAAGAAAUGGUCAACCAUCUCCGAAUCUUUCAUGGUCAACCAGGCUGAGAAUUGCCAAAGGAACAGCUAGGGGUUUGGCCUAUCUCCAUGAAUGCAGUCCAAGAAAAUUUGUUCAUGGUGACAUCAAACCCUCCAACAUCCUUCUUGACACAGACUUCCAACCCCUCGUUUCUGAUUUUGGUCUUAACCGACUGAUCAGCAUCACCGGGAACAACCCCUCCUCUGGUGGCUUUAUGGGUGGAGCUCUUCCUUACUUUAAGUCAUCACAAACAGAGAGAACUAACAACUAUAAAGCCCCAGAGGCUCGAGUUCCAGGUUGCAGACCCAAUCAGAAAUGGGAUGUAUAUUCAUUUGGAGUUGUAUUACUUGAAUUGCUUACUGGCAAGUCCCCAGAUUCUUCUCCUGCCGCAUCAACUUCUGUUGAAGUCCCUGACUUGGUGAGGUGGGUAAGCAAAGGGUUUGAACAAGAAAGCCCAUUAUCUGAAAUGGUUGAUCCAUCACUGCUCCAAGAAGUGCGUGCCAAGAAAGAGGUGCUAGCUGUGUUUCAUGUAGCACUAUCAUGCACGGAGGGAGACCCUGAGGUCCGGCCUAGGAUGAAAACUGUCUCUGAAAAUCUUGAAAGAAUUGGAACAUAAUAUCCUAAUGUUUACCAGCUAAAAGUAGUGAGCCUGAGACUGGAAUUUCCUUGAUACACAAGGAAGAUGCACUUCAGUCCCGUGAUGCAUUUUUGUGGUAGCAUUCUGAAGAUUUUCUUGUGAGGGCACCAAGAUGGUGUUGCAAGUCCUUCCCAUCUUGGACAAGGCCCUUAUACCCUUAACUUCUGUUUUGAAGUCAAAAGCAAUUUUUUUGACAGCUGUCAUCACCAUCACAGGUCUUAUCUCAUCUUUAUUCUUUUUUGGCGAAAUAUCAAGGAAGUUAGUAGAUAUAUUUAAAUUUUGUUCUGAUCUCGUUCCCUCCAGAGUCUGAUUACAAUAAUUUUACAAUAUGUUGAGUUAUUACUUGGGAUCGUGGAUUCAGAUGUAAGUGUAUAAUAAAAUGUUAUUAAUGACAACUCAGUUUCACA